AUGGAACCUGUAACGCCACAGCCGGCUGACAAGCCCCUGCCCCUGGCAACUCGCAUGAAGCAAUACGAGGCAUCUUUUGACUUCACUUUGCCUUCCGGGCUACCUGUUAUUCUACGUCUCGAUGGUCAUGCUUUCUCGAACUUCACCAGCCAUUUCUGCCGGCCAUUCGAUCAACGUAUACAUGAUGCAAUGAUUGCAGUAUGCACAGAUCUGCUCGCGUAUUUCCCCUCGGCGACUCUCGCCUAUACCCACUCCGACGAGAUCACGCUGGUUUUUCCCGAUGGUGUGCAAAGCUUCAAUGAACGCGUACAGAAGCUAUCGAGCAUAGCUGCAGGUUACUGCUCCGUUCGUUUUAACACACACCUUACCACCCUCCUAGCAGCAAGCCCAGAGCCAAAAGUUAAAGAUUCGGCCUUCGAGCGUCUAGGGACUGCCCAUUUCGAUGCGCGUUUCUUUACUGUCCCAAACGUGGAGGAGGCAUUCAAUUGCGUUCUUUGGAGGUGUCGUACGGAUGCUGUGCGUAACUCAGUCAAUGCAUUCGCGCGCACUAUGUACUCGACCAAAGAGAUGCAGAAGAAAACAACCGAGGACUUGAUUGAGAUGAUGCGGAGGGACAAAAACGUGGUUUAUGAAGAGGCAGUGCCACGAUGGGCGAUCGAAGGUUGUUUACUCAAGCGUGUGCAGGUAGAACACGAAGGCGUAAAUCUGAAGACGGGGAAACUUGAGAAGACGUUGCGAACGAGGACGAGAGUCGAGGAGAGAGGCGUGAGAAAAUUCUCGAUGGAGAAUCUGAAGCUUGUAACGGAAAAGUAUUGGUAA